AUGACGCUCGCGAUCGCGCGUCGACGCCUGUGCGCGCUCGCGCGUCACCCGCGCGCCCUCGUCGCCGUCGCGAGAGACGGCGCGUCGCGAGCGAGCACGGUGGGGACGAUCGGGCGCGAUUGGCCCAUCGAAAGAGAAUUUGCCACGAAGAGCGUCGGUUCUGGAGCUUUUCCGUCGUUGAAGCGCGCUCGGGCGACGGUGGAGAGAUCGUUGGCGGUCCAGACGGCGCACGCGCGGGAAAAGGCGACGAUGUCGAGCACGGCGGCGCCGAAACCGACGCCGGUGAGAGAGAUGCGGGACGAGUUUUUGAACGCCACGAGCGCGGCGUACUUGGAGGCGAUGGAGGAUGAUUUCAGGCGAGACCCGAAGAGCGUGCCGGAAUCGUGGGCGAUGUUGCUGAGACAGAUGGACUCCGGGGUGACAGGGGCGGAGAUCUCGGAUAUGCACAACGCGGCGCUCACGGGGACGGCGCCGCACGCGGUCGGGCGGCCGUUGGACGCGCAGACGAUUCAAGAGUCCAUGCGGCUCAUGCUGUUGAUUCGCGCGUACCAAACGAGCGGUCACGCCGCAGCGCGGCUCGAUCCGUUGGGAUUGGACAAGCGCGAGGGGAUCAUUUACCUUGAGCCCGCUUUGUACGGUUUCAGUGAGGACGACAUGGACCGCGAGUUCUUCAUCGGCACUUGGAAGAUGCAAGGUUUCCUCAGUGAAGAUCGCCCUGUGCAGAGCCUACGACAAAUUUUGACCCGCCUCCAGGACACAUACUGCGGGACGAUCGGCUACGAGUACAUGCACAUCCAAGACCGCGACCAGUGCAACUGGCUGCGUUCAAAGAUUGAGACGGAGCGUAAAAAGCAAUACUCAACAGAACGCAAACGUAUCAUUCUCGAUCGCUUGUCCUGGAGCGAACUCUUCGAGAACUUCUUAUCGAACAAGUAUAGCGCGGCAAAGAGAUUCGGCUUAGAGGGGUGCGAAAGUCUCGUGCCCGGAUUCAAGGAAGCGAUUGAUAAGGCGGCAGAGAUGGGAGUCGAAAACAUCACCAUCGGCAUGCCGCAUCGUGGUCGCUUGAAUGUGCUCGCGAACGUCGUGCGUAAACCUCUUCAAACCAUUUUCAAUGAGUUUAAAGGUGGACCUAAAUUGGUGGAAGAGUUGGGGAACGCGGGCUCGUCGUACACCGGAUCAGGCGACGUAAAGUAUCACCUCGGAACUUCGUUUGACCGUCCCACAUUACGUGGAGGACAAAUCCACCUUUCGGUCGUUGCAAACCCCUCGCACCUCGAGGCGGUGAACACCGUUGUCACGGGAAAAACGCGUGCCAAACAGUUUUACACAAAGGAUCCGAAAGGUGAGCGUUCUAUGGCCGUCUUGCUGCACGGCGACGGUGCGUUCAGCGGUCAAGGAAUAGUUUACGAAACGCUCGACAUGAGUAAACUUCCAGAGUACCAAGUUGGUGGGACUUUACACAUCGUGGUGAACAAUCAAGUCGCGUUCACGACUGAUCCGAAAUAUUCGCGGUCGAGUCCUUAUUGCACUGACGUCGCGAAGGGUAUGGAAGUUCCUAUUUUCCAUGUGAAUGGCGACGACGUUGAGGCCGUCGCUUGGGUUAUGGAACUUGCCACGGAAUGGAGAAUGAAGUGGAAGACCGACGCUGUCGUCGAUAUCGUGUGCUAUCGCAAAUAUGGGCACAAUGAGAUCGACGAACCCAUGUUCACGCAACCUCUGAUGUACAAGGUCAUUCAGAAACAUCCAAGUGCGUUGACGCAGUACAGCAACAAGCUCAUUGAUGACGGCACCGUCACUCCGGAGGAAGUCAUGGAGAUGAGAAACAGAAUCAACUCGAAGAUGGAGGAAGAAUUCAACUCGUCGAAGGAUUACGUACCCAAGCAGCGAGAUUGGCUCUCUUCCCACUGGCAAGGUUUUAAGAGCCCCGACCAACUGUCCCGCAUCAGAGACACUGGUUUGCCGCCAGAGCACCUGAAAAACCUUGGCAAUCUCAUCACAACAAUCCCCGCGGGAUUCACGCCACAUCGCGUCGUUAAACGUGUGUACGAGGCCCGACGCGCGAUGAUCGAUAACGGUGAGGGACUUGACUGGGCUAUGGGUGAAGCAUUGGCGUUUGCGUCAUUGCUCGAUGAUGGUAAUCAUGUUCGCUUAUCUGGACAGGAUGUCGAACGCGGCACCUUCUCUCAUCGCCACGCUCUGCUCCACGAUCAAAUCACCGGCGAACGCUUCAUCCCUCUGCGUAAUGUGUACAGUGGAAACAUGGGUCGGGGUCGAGACUUCUUUACCGUGUGCAACUCGUCACUUUCUGAGUACGGCGUUCUCGGCUUUGAACUCGGUUACUCGCUGGAGCAUCCCAACGCUUUGAUCUUGUGGGAGGCGCAAUUCGGUGACUUUGCGAACACGGCACAAGUCAUUAUCGAUCAAUUUAUUAGCUCUGGGGAAGCGAAGUGGUUGAGACAAAGUGGUCUCGUCAUGCUUCUUCCUCAUGGUUAUGAUGGACAAGGUCCCGAGCAUAGCAGUGCUCGUUUAGAGCGUUUCUUACAGAUGACGGAUGAGGAUCCAACGCGCAUUCCGGAGAUGUCGAUGGAAAAGCGUACGCAGCUGCAAGAGUGCAACUGGCAAAUCUGCAACGUUACGACUCCUGCGAAUUACUUCCACAUGCUUCGGCGUCAGGUUCAUCGUGAGUUCCGUAAACCGCUCGUCGUCAUGAGCCCGAAGAAUCUGCUGCGCCAUCCGAAGGCUGUUUCGAAGCUCAACGAGUUCGAUAACAGCGAUGAAAAUGACUCUCUCCAAGGCAUUCGCUUCAAGCGACUCAUCAUGGAUAAGACGUCAACUUCGCGCUCUUUGGAUCCACCCCCUCAACCUGAGGUUGAUCGCGUCAUCUUCUGCUCUGGGAAGGUUUACUACGAUCUUGACGACGCCAGAGACAAAGCGAGCAAACUGGACAAGGUGAAAAUCUGCCGAAUAGAACAGCUCGCUCCGUUCCCUUGGGAUCUCGUUCAGCGCGAGCUCAAGCGCUAUCCCAACGCCGAGGUCGUUUGGUGCCAGGAGGAACCGAUGAACAUGGGCGCUUGGACUCACGUUCAGGCCAGAAUGAGCACCUUGUUCGACCAUCUCGAGCGUCCCGGCAGAACGCGUUACGCCGGACGUAAGCCCGCGGCGUCUCCAGCCACCGGUUACGCCGCGGUGCACGCCCAAGAACAGGCCCAGCUCGUCUCCGAAGCCAUCGAUUAG